CCAGAUGGCUUCUUUUGGGUGGAAGAGAAAGAUUGGUGAGAAAGUUUCAAAAGCUACUUCUCAGCAAUUUGAAGCAGAAGCUGCGGAUGACAAGGAUCUGGCUGAUGAUGAUGAUGCUAACUGGGUGCAUGCAACUAAGAGAAGAAAGGAAGUUCUCUUAGAAGACUGUGUAAAGAAAAGUAAGCAGCUGAAGGAUGAAGGUGCAAGUUUGGCUGAAAAUAGGAGGUACCGAGAGGCUAUUCACAAGUGGGAUGAAGCACUUCAAUUAACUCCAGAGGAUGCUACGCUUUAUGAGAUGAAAUCGCAGGUCCUGAUGUCUUUACAUGAAAUGUUCCCAGCAGUGCAUGCAGCAGAAAUGGCUGUCCAGAGAAACCCACGUUCCUGGGAUGCCUGGCAGACUUUGGGACGUGCCCAGCUUGGAUUAGGAGAGAUAGCACUGGCGAUCCGAAGCUUCCAGGUAUCCUUACACAUCUUUCCAAUGAAUCCUGAAGUAUGGAAGGAGGACCUUUCCUGGGCAAGAAAACUACAUGAACAGCAGAAGGCAACAAAGACUGAGGCAGUGCAAGCACUCGCAAAAGAAAAAGAGCUUGCACAAGAGUCAAUCCCAGACUAUGACUUUGAAAGUGAUGAAAUUGUGGCAGUCUGUGCUGCCAUCGCAGAGAAGGAGAAAGCUCUUUCAGCAGCUAAAACGGUAGUGAUUGUGUCUGCUUCAGGCACAGUAGAGACUGUUACUGAGAACGAGAAUUGUCCUACAACUCCUGAUGAAACCCUUUUCAUCAGAGCCCGAUAGGGCAACCUUAUGGGUUGCCAGUACUGUUCUAAGAACUAGUGUUAUUUAUUGUAUUGGGCUUGCUUUGUUUUUGUUUUUUAAGCAGUGAGAGCCUGCAGAAGUUGAAAAAUUGAAGUUAUUUUUCUUUUGUAAAUUGAAAAAGCAAUGACCUGAGUUGUUGUUCCAUCCAUAUUUUUGGAGACGAAAGCCAAGAGUUGAUUCUAAAAAUCUUAUCAACAGAAGUAAUGUUAAAGUGCUUAACUUCAUUGUUACAACUGCUUUCAUCUUUCUGUGUUUCAUAAUUUUACAAGCUAAUGUCUGCAGUUUUCCAGUAAUAAAUAAGCUUUUAUUUAAACUGUAAAAGAAAAAGGGAUUUUUUAAAAAUCUAUUUCAAUCCUUAUUCAUUAACAUUAUUUAUCUUCUAGUUAAAGUGUGAACUGUCCUCUGUUAUCAGAAGUCUUUAUUUUCAUUAAGAUUACUUUUUCUAUGAGGAAGUUUCCUAUGAAGCAGAGAUGGAUUAUUAUUUUGCUUGUGUGUGUGUGAUAGAUCUGGCAUCUGAUUUGUAGUCAAAUGAAAUCAGUAGAAACCUUUAUGUUGCUUUCAUAGAUAAAUGGGUUAAACACUCUCUGAUUAGAUGAAACAAAUGCAAUACCAAACAAACCCCUGAAUGCUUAGUUAUUAUUAAAUGUUUCACCAGAAGAAAGAACAUUCAGCUGAGACUGGAACUGGCCUUUCCUUACCUUGAGUGCUGUGCUACAGACAUUACCAAAAGUAAAAUGGUGGGAGCUGGAAAUAGGUAUGUCUGAAGUGUAUUAUGUUUAGCCUUUUUCCUAGUGAGGCUAAUCUGAUAAAUGGAGUCAAUUUGUUUUUCCUAAUUCUUAUGACCUGCCAUUUAAAGUAUGUUCUUAGUGAACCAAUUUUUCAGGACAGCAUUGCCUGAGUCUCCCUUUUUAUCCUUUUUGGAUUUUGGAUGCUGUGGUGGGUAUUCACGUUGUGUUAACUUAGAGGCAUAACACAGGAGAUUUGUUUAAAGUUCGUCUUUCUUUAGGGGAGGGUGACCAUUGGUUCCUCACACGGGCAGUUCAGAGAAACAAAGUCAGGCUGUUUCUUUGUGCUCUGUGCUGAGACUGCUCUCUUUUCAUUGUCUUGGAGACAUGGUAGAGAUGGUUGCCUCCUAACUGGACUGGAAAAAAUUGUCAACUGAGGAAUUCCCAGAGAAUUCAGGAUUGGGAACACAUCAUUUCUACUUGAUUUUGAAAACGUUUUGCAUGAUAAAAACAUUUUGAAUAAUCAUUUUGUAGACAAGUGAAACCUUUUGAAAUCAGUCAUCUUUGCAUUUUUCAUAUCUGAUUUCUGUUUUCAAAAUAACAAAUUUUCAAAGAAAAUAAUGUUGCUUGAGAAGCAUAGCGAUUUUUGCAAAAGAAGGUGUAUUGUAGAAAAAUUAUUUGUCUCAGAUCAUCCUUUCAGUUGAAUAUCUUCAAGAGGACACUUACAGCCUUUGCAGAAAUUAAUUAUCCCUUUCAGAAACUUAAUUGCCAUGUUGUACUUAAUAAAUUUUCAUUAAUUUUUGCAAGAUUCUUCCUGAAUAUAUUUUUGUAUAUAUGUGAAUUUUUAGAUCUGUGCUUGCACAUGCACACACAAACAAGUUAGACUUUUUAAUAUCUCCUGAGUAUUCAAAAUAAUUACAAUUACUGCGACUAAAAUAUAUUAAGAAAUGUAAAACAUCACCAUGCUACAUUUUUAUUUAUUCAUUCAGUUCAGAAAUAGAUCUUAAAUGCUUACAGAAUAGGCAUUUGAUUAAGAUAUGGUUUGAUAGUUUAAAUUGUCCCAGUUGAAGAAUUUCUUAAUCUUAUUUUUUGUAACAGCUUAAAUAAUACAAUCUAUUCAGCCAUAGGAAGAGUUAGCAUGAGAAGGAUUUGGACAGAUCUCUUCAAAGAAGAGACAUUCUCUGGCUAGCAAAGGAAAUGUGUGAGAAGCUGUAAGGUAUCUUUUCAUUUUGAAGGAGCUCAGCUAUAAUCCCAACAUAUCUUUUCUUUCUUUGCGCUUUAUACUUGCAUCAGUGUUAUGCAUUUACUCAUAUUGCCUCCCUCCUUUCAGAGGUCCAUGUUAUCACAGAACCUGUUUCCACUGAAGUGAUACACAAAAUUCCUAUUGACUUCAGCACUGCUGGGCCAAGCUAAUGGAGCAGUAUGCAUCUACACCAUCAGGCAGGACGGCCAUGCCGGGUUUGAGGGGUGGUUGUUUCCAUCCCCUGUACUAAAUGUCUUUUCCUUCUGAUUAGAUUAGAUUAUGUAUUCUAGGUAUUGUCAGGACCGUAGGGUCUCGUAGAGCACUGUAGAGCAGAUAAAUUCUCGUGACACUGUUAUUCUCAAACUGGGAAGAAGUUCAAAAAUUGAUGAUUUCAACAUUGUUUUUUGUACAGCAUGCCAUGUUUUGCAUGUAUGGGAUUUUUUGGAUCUGUUUGAAUAAAAUACUGACUUCUCUGCUGCUU